AUGGUACAGUUAAUUGCGUUGGAAACAGAAUUAUCGUUCCCAGACUCAUCAGUUGCUAUUGAAUUGGGAAUAUAUACCUGCUUGCUACACCUUGAUACAGAGAAGGCAUUACUUGAAGAAGCAGAGAACGGGAGGAUGCAUCUGAUGACUAUUGUGGAGCUUGUGCAGCUCAAAUGGUAUGAGGGUUUUUUGGUUCUCACUGUCGAAGGAGUCUUCUUCAAUGCCUUCUUUGCUAUGUAUCUGCUUUCACCUAUGCUCACUCAUACAAUUACCAGUUGUCUGGAGGAGGAAGCAGUUCAUUCUUACACAAAGUUCUUGAAGGAGAUUGAUAGUGGUAAAAUUGAAAAUGUUCCAGAUCCUGCUAUUGCUAUACUACUGGAGGCUACGCAGCGAUGCAAGUUUAAAAGAUGUCGUAAUUGUGUUCCGAGCAGAUGA